GCAUAAGCAAAGCGACAUAAACAAAAGAGUUUCAUAUUACCAACGAAAGUAUUGCCACACGCUGUUCCAAUUGCUGAACACAUGUUACAAUAUUUUCAAUAGUAAUAUUUCCUAUAUUGCAAAAGACAUGUGCAAGCAAUAUUGUCAAUGCACUCUAAUAAUAACUUUGACGUUUGACUUAAAUGAGCAAACAGUGUAGUCGCUAUGCAAUGCAUUCUGCAAGGUCAGCAAUCACUUUGAUUGGCUGCGGUUAUACUUUUCCAGGUUUUGUCUGGAAUAAAGAGGCGGAGUCAUGAGAUCGCUAUAAUCUAGAAAAAUGUAUAAAUACCUAAACUAUUGUUCAAUAAAAUCAAGAAUAUACUUAUGACUGCAGAAAUAUAUGUAUUGUUGAAUUUAUUCUCACUCCUUCUGGCCAAGUAACACUGGUCUAGGUACCAGCGGUAACAAGCCGCUUGAUAACUUGUUCUUGAUUGCAUCAGUAGGUUUUGGAUGCAUGCUCGUAUCAGGCAGGAAUAAUUACACGCACUCACAAGACAAGUAUUACGUCUCAUUUUACCUGACGAUCCUGUCUACAUCUGAACGGGUUAACACAUUACAUGGUGAUCCAGCCAUUACAUUGAUUGAAUAUUGCCCAUACAUCCAUUUAUACAUUACAUGGCGAUCCUGCCAUUCAUUACACUAGUUCCAUUACAAAGAAGUUACAUUACAUGGCAAUCAUUACAUUACAUGGCAAUCCUGCCAUUACAUGGCGAUCCUGCAGGCUUCAGUGCCAAGCGGACCAAUUAGAAACUAUACCAUUUGAAUUAAUUGAAAUCAACACGAUAUGGUAGAUGAAGCGACCUUCCACGCAAUUUUUCGCAAAUACGAAUUGAUACUUCAAGCGACGAAUACAAAAUCAGAAGAAUACGUUCCAGAACAAGUGGUGCAACACGAAGAAGCAUAUCCGACGUAUGUACCAACACCACGGUCAGCCGGCCCAAAAGCAAUUACAAUAGAAGAAUACAAAAGGCGACAAGAGGCAAGAAAAAGACCUACCACACCUGUCAAUCCACCACCAAAAAAGAAGCCAAACAGACGGAGAGGAAAAGCAUUCCGCCAACGAAAGCAAAUUGCUCAACUGUACGAGAGGUACAAC